CAUAUCGCCCAAAUCAUUGACAACCACAAAUUAAACCCUAUUUCAUAUACACCCAAAAUAAUCGCCAAUCACCAAAUACUAAAAAAAAUGGAAACUUCAUCUUCCACCAUAGCUUCUCUCCUCCUCAGAAAACUCCUAACUUCAAUCUUCCUCCACUCCGACGAGCACCACAAGCUUCUCCACCUCCUCCGCCACUUCCUCGCCUCCUCCUUCCUCUUCCUCCUCACCCUCUUCUCCUCCAAAUCCACCCCUCCCCCCGACAAUCAAUCAUCCUCCUCGGGCGUUUCACGGGCUCUAUCGCAGCUUCUGCUGCUCAUGAACGAUAUUCCGGUGAGCUCCAGAAAGUACGAGCUCAUCCGAUCGCUGGCGGAGACCAUAAUCGACGACAACUUAGCCGAGGCGAAGCCGCCGCUGGCGGAGGUCAACUGCGCCGUGCUGUCGGCCGCGUUCGCGAGGUCGCUGGGUCGCCUCGAGGCCGCCAUGGCGGAGGGCGGAGAAGUGGCGGCGGCGGCGGGAGAGAGAGGUGGUUAUGGAGGGAGGAGGUGGAUGGUGGUGAGAGGGGUGAGGCGUUGUGUGAGGGCGGGGUGGAGGUUGGCGAGCAAGGGGAGGGGAGGGGGAUAUUCGGCGGAGAAGGUGGCGGCGGAGGUGCUGUGGCUGGCGGAGAAGAUGGCGGCGUCGGGGUGCGUGGAGGAGGCGGUGUGGAGGUGGGCGUCGGCGGGGAAGGUGGCGUGGCUGGCCUUGUCGACCGAGCCGCGCCUCCAGGGCUCACUAGUUAAGGUCUCGGCAUUCUUGAUCAGACAAGCAAAAGAAUUGAGCAAGGGAGAAGAUGAGAAACAAAUUAGAGCGACGAAGAUAAAGAUGCUGAUGUCGUGGCUUCCCCUGUUGUGCAGCGCCAACAACGGCACGGAUGCACCUGUGCUGAGCAUGGCGGAGAGGGCGGAGGUCGAGAGAAUAUUGGAAGAGGUAAUCUGGACGUUGGCGGAGGAGGAGCAGGAGAUGGUGUUGUCCCUUUGGUUGCACCACUUCACCUACUGCCCCGCCUCCGACUGGCCCAAUCUCCGCUCUUGCUACACCCGAUGGUGUAACGCCUCCCGUGCUACCCUCCUUAAGCAUCAUACGUUACAUACAUCAUAUUAAGGGAGUUUCUGAUCAAUUUGGAGUCAAAGGUAUGGUUGCUCCUAAUAAAAAUUUCUAAAGGAAUUAUGCUUCAAAUGAGUUUCAAUCGGACUCUUUCACUUGUUACACUCUGAUGUAAAUAUAUAGUAUUAUUGACACACUUAUAAAUAGAUGGAAGAAAUUCUAGUACCAACUUUUCAUUGGAUUAUAUAUAUAUAUGGUUGAUUCUUUCUUUUACAA